AUGUCCACCUCGUCGGACUCGAAGAAAAGCAUCACUGGUUUCUUCAACACUGAUAUCAAUGCCAAACACGCUGAGGUGCUGCUGUACGGUUGCUGUCUGAGCUCAGGUCUUGUUGAUAGCACCCUCUACAAUGCCUACAACACGUUCGUCUCGAUGCAAACGGGAAACACCAUCUUCGUCGGCCUGGGCGCAUCAAAUCAGAACCUUAAACCAUACGGCUGGGCGCGCUCUCUCACCUCAAUCGGAUGCUUCGUUAUCGGCUGCUUUCUCUUCGCUCGGCUGAGCCGUCUGCUCGGACCAAAACGCAGAGUGACCCUAGUUCUUUCAUUCUUUCUACAGGUCGCUAUGCUGGUCAUCACUGCUUCGCUGGUACAGAGCGGCGUGAUAGCCGGCAUCCCCUCAAACCCUGCUGCGAGCGAGACCCACUGGAGCCAGGAAGCGCCUAUUGUGCUCUUGAGUAUCCAGUCUGCAGGUCAGAUCGUCGCUAGUCGGGCGUUGGGGUUCAACGAGAUCCCAACCGUGGUCAUUACCAGUCUUCUCUGUGAUUUAGUCUCCGACCCAAAGUUGUUUCUCCUCCGCAAUGAGAAGCGGGAUCGCCGGGUGGUGGCGUUUGUUCUGACGCUGAUCGGUGCAAUUGCUGGGGGAUGGAUCACCAAGGCGACACACGAUAUCUCGCCUGUGCUGUGGAUGGCUGCCGGUCUGAAGCUGAUUAUUUCUGUGUCAUGGAUAUUCUGGAGAGAGAAAGAGGGGGAAAUUGCAGUAUAA